AUGACUCUGCCCGCGUUCGGGACGCGCGCCUGCCCGGGGAUGACCUGCGCGUUCUGGGACCCGCGCGCGUCCUUGGCACGGCCUGCCGCGUUUGGCAAUGACUGCCGCGUUGGGCCUCGCCUGUUGGCCUGGUCUGUCCCGUGCCCGUGCACCACCUGCGCGUCUGGGACGACCCUGCCGGGUUCUGGCACGACCUGCCGCGUUCUGGGGCAAUGGACCUGCCGCGUUCGGGUAACCGCCUGCGGUAUUGGCACCACCUGCCGUGUUUGGCACCACCUGCUCGGUUUGGCGUCACCUGCCGCGAUCCGGCACGCACCUGUCGGUUCCAGUACCCCUGCAGCUUUUCCUUUUCCUUUUUCCGGACAUACACUCCACGUCAGAUGUGUUGUCCGCGAGCUCCACCUUCACACAGCAGUUCUCGGCCUUCAUUAA